UUUGUUCUUGUCUUGUUGCUUGUAUUGUUGUUAUAGAUGCUCAAAUACCAUUUGGCUGUUCUGCUUAUUGCCGUCGCUAUGAUUUGCCAGGGCCCUGGUCACACGUAAUCAGUUACAUAAGCACAAAGAAAGUUAUUUUAUUAGCUCAGGAAUAUCAACAACCGCCCCUCAAACCACAGUCGACCAGGAUUGAAGAUAUCGCGGGCCGAAGACGAAGAUCCAGAGCUGUGCAGAUGGACAGGAGUUAAUUGAGAGACUGCACGUAUACAAUAGGAAGAUCUAUUUGUGUGUGAAAUAUCUCGGGUGUGCAGCGAAAGAAGAGAAAGUGAAGCGCGUUCUCGACUGAGAAGAGAAGAAGGAAACGAAUACAGACAAGACAGAGGAAAUCUGGCUGGAGAUAGAGCUCUUGGGAUAUAAAACUACAGAAGACAAUUACAGACUGAAUAUGGCAUCGCUAAUUACCGGCCACGCCGAUCUAAUCCACGACAUUGCAUACGAUCACUACGGCAGACUACUGGCAACAUGCUCGUCCGACCAGCACAUUCGCGUGUUUUCGCGCAAGUCGUCAGCAGAUCCAUGGACGUUCCUCUCCGCAACGCACGCGCACGAACGCAACAUUCUCUCGCUGACCUUUGCGCCCCCCCAGUUCGGCACGCUGCUCGCGUCCUGCUCCGAAGACCAAUCCGUGCGAAUCUUUUUCUCGUCCGACAACGGCCGCGCGUUUGACCGCGUCGCGACGUUGUCGGAUUCGCCGGGGGCGGUGCACAAGAUUGCGUUUGCAAAGUUUGGCGGACACGGGCUCAAGCUGGCUACGAUCGGCACGGACUCGGUCGUCAGGCUGUAUCAUGCCGCCGACCCGUCUGAUCUGCGCCAGUGGCAUCUCGCGGUCGAGAGCGAGGUCGAGAGCGGGUCGAAGCGGAAGGCGCAGGAUAUGCAGGCGAGUUUCUCGGUCGCGUGGUGUCCGGCGGGUGUUGUUACCUUGCCUCCCUCGAGUGCGUAUAACAAGCCCAGCAGCAGCAGUAGCAGCAAUAAUACCUUCGCCAACAGCGGCGUGGGCGACCUACCUUCCCGGAUCAGCGCGCUCGAGAUCUCAGAGCGGUCGGUCGAGCAAUUCGUCGUGUCGGCCAUGACCAGGGUCGUCGUCUUCCGGAAACGGUACUACAACAGCCAAACCGGCAGCGCGGGCCCGUACGAUUUCGAAGAGUGCGAGGAGUUGCCGGGACAUGAGGACCUCGUGCGCGACGUGGCGUGGGCGAGUAACGCGGCCGCGGGGGGCAGGUACGAGUUGAUUGCGACGGCGUGCAAGGACGGGUACGUGCGGAUUUUCAAGUUGACGCCGCGGUUAAGUUACGCUGCGGGCGACACCGGCGAGAUGUUCCCGACGGGCGAGAUCGAGUACGACGUCGUGCUCGCGGCGAGCUUUGACGAUCACCAUGGCGAGGUGUGGAAGGUUUCGUGGAAUGUGUCGGGGACCGUGCUUAGCUCGUCGGGGGAUGAUGGACAGGCGAGGUUCUGGAGAGCGAAUUAUAGGGGCGAGUGGAUUGGGAUUGGGUCGUUGUCUGCUGAGCAGGGGCAUGUGGCUGAUAAUGCUGGUGAUGAGGGGGACGAGGAGAGAUGAUGUUGCUGUGUGCUUUUAGUUUUGUUUAACCUGAUAUGUACUAUUAAUUAAAAUCUAUGAUAUAGCGAUACAACAUUAAGAAAUUGCAAACUCCAGAACAGAAUCUAAAUGCGUCGUCCAUAAAUGCAAGUAUUAAAUAUAAAUAAGAGCAAUAAAACUUAUUAUAUCAACGGGACCCCG